GGGUCUGAAGAGCUUCCUGUUGGCUGCAGUGCGCAUACAUGUGUGUGCGCAAGCAGAACAGUCGAGUGCUUGUGUAAGCAGGAGGAAGCGGGCGGCUCUGACCCAGAUCCAGUCCGAGCCUCCGGAACUCUCGGACACAGUGUGAGAGAGAGAGAGAGAAAGAGUGAGAGGGAGGGUGUUGUGUGGGAGAGAGUUAGAGACGAGUGAGCGAGCGAGCGAAGAGGGGGGAGAGAGAGAGAGAGAGUGGCUUUGCUUCUCCUUCCACUCGUCCUCCUCCUUGCCCUGUUUUCUCUCAGCUCUGCGGCAGUUGCCUCUUUUCUCUCUCUCUCUGUCCCCCCCCUCUUUUCCCUGGUCAGCCACUUAAAAUGUCGGCCAUGCGGCCGGCGCGGGAGCGAACAUGCUGUUCUCUCUGAGCUCAUCGCUUCUUCUUUUGAAGAAGCUUUUCUGAAGAGAUUGCUCGCAUUCCUUCACCAUCUACUUCUCUACAAACGAGGGCUCUGCUGUGAACCCUAACAGCUCUGGACGUUCUUUUUUUUUGGGAUUUUCAAGACCAGCGAAUCAGCAGAGAGACGUUCAAGCCUCUGGUCGGGAAGAGUGUGCUGGGCUCUAUCACGGCCGUGGAGUUUUUCUCUGACAGACAGCUGGACUUCUUGACCGACGAUGGAGCGUACCAGCCCUAUCAGGAUGAAGUGGACAGCUUGAGUCCUGUUCUCAGGGACAACCCGCAGCUUCAUGAAGAAGUAAAAGGCUGGGUGAAAGAUCAAAAGGUGCAGGAAAUUUUUAUGCAAGGUCCCUAUUCAUUAAAUGGAUACCGCGUUCGAGUUUACAGGCAAGACUCAGCCACCCAGUGGUUCACGGGCAUUAUCACUCACCACGACCUCUUCAGCCGCACUAUGGUCGUGAUGAAUGAUCAGGUACUAGAGCCUCAGAACGUUGACCCCUCUAUGGUACAGAUGACCUUUCUGGAUGAUGUGGUCCAUUCUUUGCUGAAAGGAGAGAAUAUCGGCAUCACAUCCAGACGCAGGUCACGCUCUAGCCAGAACAGCAACACUGCCCACACCACAGGAGGGAGACCAAGCGGCAACACAGGAAGCACUCAGGGUCAUUACACACGCGCCCAGGCCAACAGUCCCAGACCGGUGAUGAAUUCGUCUGGAUCCGCCCCUAAGCAGGGCUCCCAAGCCCAGCAGCAACAAUCUCAGCAUGCUCAGCAGCAGCUAUCCCAGCAGCACCAGCAGCAGCAGCAGUCAUCGCCGGGCCAACAGCGCGGUUCCCGGACAUCGCGCAGGAAGGGCUCAGAUAGCAGCGUCCCGGACGAUGAAAAGAUCAAAGAGGAGAAGAUGGACACUGCAGGAGGAAGGGGAGAUUUUUCAAGAAAUAAAGUGAAGCAGACCAUGAGCAAGCGGAGGAAAACCGAGGAGGAGGAGAAGAAGGGUGGCAUGAAACGUUUGAAGACGGAGACAUCAGACCAGUCAGAGAGCAGUGACUCAGAGAACUCAAACAAGCGGCUCCUGGACUCUUCGUCGGAGCCUAGCUCAGAGAGCGAGCUGAAGGGAAAGGGUGCUUUGAAGGCUGGUGAGGAAGAUGAAGAGAAGCCCCAGAGUUGCAAGGCUCUGGAGGAACCGGUCACCAUCAGCAGGCUUUCUCCCUGGGAGGAGAUGCCCACAGUUGAUAAGAGCUGCAAACCAGUGGCUGUGGAAGGGUCCACUGAAAGUGAGCGCUCAACAGAGAAGAGGUCACCAGGUGAGAGGAGGUCUCCCCUGCCCCCUCCCAGCCAUCUGCAGAGCUCAAGCCCCUCCGAGGUUCAAGGCUGCAUCGUGGAAAUGAAAAGCACUGUGAAAACCCUGCCCAAGGACCAUUAUGGCACAGGUGCACCUAGGACACAUACCCCCAAGUGCGUGAUUGACAUCACUGAGGAUGUUGCCACAUCUCACCCAAGCUCCAGAGAAAGCUCGGAGGCGGUCUGCGCCCUACUGGCCUCUCAAAAGGGUGAGACCUAUGGCCCAGAAACUAGACAUUUGGUGCUAAACCCUUCUGCCUCUGAGUGCAGGAAGCCAGAGGCUGAGCCACAGCAGCUAAGCCGAAGCUUGGGCGGCAAGAUCGAGUUUGCCCAUUCUGAGGUCAUUCGGCCCGUGACCUCAAUAAGUGAGUCAGCGGCUGUGGCUGAGAGGGAAAGAGAAAAAGCACAGGCACAAGAGCAGUAUGCCUCCAUCGUGCCAUGCAUCAAGAACGCCUCGCUUGCUGAGGAGAUCCGCAAGCCUCACAAGCUCAGCCCUUCACCUGAUGUGGCCAAAUCGAAGUCUGACCCCUCGUUCGAUGCACUCAAGUCCCUCAAGCGCAAUCCCUCACCCGAUGCCAUGAAGUCUAAAACUCACAGCAUCCUGGAGGCCUUGAAGCCCAAGCCAAACACAUCACCUGAGGUGUCCAGGCAUAAAGGAGGACGGCACCCUGACCACACCCAACCCUCAGCAGGACGUCCUGUUUCCAAACCGGAGUCUGACUCUGCUCCCCGCUCUGGCUUUAAGCCAGUGCCGUCACGGGCAGCGGCCUCUGAAUCCACCAAAAGCCCGCUCAUCAUUGACAAAAACGAGCACUUCACCGUAUACCGGGAUCCGGCGUUGGUGCGGCCUGAAGCUGAAAGCAACCACGUAGCUUAUCUUCCCCCACACCUACACCCUCUUCAUGGUUCCUCCCACGCCACUUGCCUGACCCCUGGCUCACACCACCCUUCCCACCUUCUUUCUACUGCCUCCUCCCUCAGCCCUCACCCACACCCUUCUGUGCACCACCCAUUACUUCCUGCCGUCUUGCCUGCUAUGCCCCCUGCCUCCCUGUUGGGGGGCCACCCCCGUCUGGACUCGGGUGGCCUCGGGCACCUUGCCCUGGCCACCCAUCACCCACACCCCCACCAGCAGCAGCAGCAGUUCCUGCAGCAGCAGCCACCGCCCCCUCCUCUGUUGCCCCAGACACAUGCUGGAGGCUCAUACAACCACUUGGGCCUCUAUCCCAUUAUCUGGCAGUACCCCAACGGCACACAUUCCUACCCACCUGGGAUUGGACUGCCCGGGUCAAAGUGGGUGCAUCCGGAGAACACAGUGAACUCAGAUGCCAGCUUACGAAGGAACACCCCCAGCCCCUGGCUUCAUCAGCCCACCCCUGUGACCUCAGCAGACAGCCUGGGGAUUCUGAGCCACGUACCAGGUCGACCAGCCAGCGCCGAUCCCCAUCGGCCCAUCAAAAUCAGCUCACACUCCAGCCCUCCACUUUCCAAAAACUCCACAGAGCUCCACAAAGAGGAGCUGGACAGUAAGGUGUUUGUUGACCCUCUGCGUGGCCUGGUGACAGCCCACUUGAAGCAGGAGCCGGACCGCAGCCGGACGCCCACCAGCAAAGAGCUGCCACGCCUCUAUAUCGAGUCACCACUCAGCAAGCAGCAGCAACAGCAGCCUCCACGCCUGCCUCUGGACACACCCGACCGUGCCAGCAAGUACAAAGAAGAAAACAGGCGCAUCCUGCAGGAGAGCAUUGAGGUGGCCCCCUUCACAGCCAAGAUUCGACCAGGCGAGCCUGAACGUGAGCCUUACACUCGAAUCCCCUCCCUCUCCAAAGGCCAUAGCUUGCUGCCUGAGAAGGAGCCCGAGCACCAACCCUCCGAGCUUUACAAAUAUAAGCACUCCGGGGCACAGUCACUGCCUCAGAGCAACUACUUCACCACUUUGUCCAAUAGUGUGGUAAAUGAGCCCCCCCGCCUCUACCCCUCCAAAGAGCUUAACUCCCUCUUCGAAAAGGCGCCUGCUUCCUCCAGCCCUCCUGGCUCCUACAGCAGCACCAAGUCCCUGUCCAAGCCUCCUCCGCUCAUCAAGCACCAGCCAGAGGGUGAGGGCCUGGUAGGGAAGAUCAGUGAGCAGCUCAGUCAGCAGGUUGCCCUGCACUCACUCAGUACCUCAGCGGUGGCAGCAGCCGGUGACCGUCGCAGUCCUGCUGUCUCACCCUCGGGCCAACUCAGGAGCAUGCCCGCCCUGUACCGUGCGCCUGUUUUUCACCCCCCAACACAGCAGACGCUGGACCGCAAAGAGGCUGGCUAUGGCCGCCUCUCACCCCCCACGCUCACGCCCAUACAACCGGUUAAUACAGCGGCAGGGAAGGCAUCUGAGCAGCAGAAGCCACCCACCCUGCUGCCUGAGCUCAGGGAGGUGAAGAGCGGAGCAGAACAGGGGGAGUCGUGGAGGCCUGGCACUGGGCCACAGGCCCAGUGGCACCAGGACAAGGGUCGAGGGAAGCCGCAGGCAGCAGUGGCAUCUGUCAUUGUCCGCCCAUCCACGUGCAUCAAGUAUGAUACCUCGCCAGGGUCCAAACCGGCCACCAAGGAAGCAACCAGCGGCAGGCCAUCGCCCACAGGAAAGAACCAGCUGGAUCUCUCCAAAUCAUCUGAGGCCAAAGACACUGGCAGGGUCAUCCAGCCCAACGCCAAUAUGGAGGACACGUUCUUGCAGUACAAGAAGAAUUUCAUGCGUGCUUCACAGGGAGGCUUUCCUAGCUCUGUGGUGACUGUUGUUAAUUCCGUGUGCAAUAGCAGGACUGAUGUAACCACUUCUGCCUCUGCUUUCAGUGUUCUGAGUCGAGGCACAGUUGAGCCACUGCAUUCUGUCUUGACCACCCCAAGUAGCAGCAGCACUAGCAAGCUAGAGAGCUCUGUGUCCAAAUGCAGGACACCCACUGGGCCUGAGCUGCAAGAGGGAGGCUCCAGAACGGCCUCUCCCGGAACUCUGCAGCCUCAGGCUUCUCAGGCUUCUCAGGCUUACUCGGGUAACUUCAUCCACCCCAAGAAGCACAAAGCGGCCCUGGCCGCCGCCCAGUCUCGUGGUUCCAGCAGCACCUCUGAGAGCGAGAGCAAUAGCCGGUCCUCUCAGGACUCACCCACUAUCACGGCCCAGGAUAACUCAACCAGCAAGGCUAGUCCCCUUCCCAAUGGUCAGCCUGCACCCAUAAGCCAGACCAACUACCACAAACUGAAGAAAGCAUGGCUCACUCGCCACUCAGAAGAGGAUCGUAACACCAAUAAGGCUGAGAAAACGAGCAGCGCUGUCUCAGAAAUCAUCAAGCCAUGCACAGUCAACCUGAUUGCAUCCACUUCUGGUGAGACAGAGCUGAGCAAAGACAGCAAAGGUUCCGAGGACAGCAAGACAUCCCAGGAAGACAGGAAGUUACGGCGAGGCACUGCCAAACGGCCAUACGACUCAGCCUCGGACAGUGGUGACGACUCUGAUGCCAGUGACAGCAAGCUGGAGCAGAGGGCCAAGCGGCAACCCAAGCCCACCUACAAGAAAAAGCAGAAUGACAUGCAGAAAAGAAAAGGGGACAAUGACAAGGAGGAAGACGACAUCAAGCCCAAUGGCAUUUUCAGGAGCGCCAAGGAGAAAACCAAACUCAAGCUGGCCAGUAGUAAUGGAAUCCCUCGCUCUGUGCUGAAGGACUGGCGGAAGGUGAAGAAGUUGAAGCAGACGGGCGAGUCGUUCCUGCAGGAUGAUGCGUGCUCCGAGAUUGGCCCCAACCUGCAGAAGUGCCGCGAAUGCCGCUCCGUCCGCACCAAAAAAGGAGAAGAACCCACUCAUUCGCCAGUCUUCUGCCGCUUCUACCAUUUUCGCCGCCUUUCCUAUAGCAAGAAUGGAGUGAUCCGCAUCGAUGGCUUCUCUUCCCCUGACCAGCAUGAUGAGGAGGCGCUGAGUCUCUGGGCUUCGGAUGUAUAUGAUGAAAACGACCUAGACCUUGAAACCUCCAAAUAUAUCCUCAGCUACAUUGGAGACAAGUUCUGUCAGCUGGUCAUGAGUGAGAACACUGCAGCCACGUGGAUAAAGAAAGAUGCCAAGAUAGCGUGGAAGCGGGCAGUGAGGGGGGUGAGGGAGAGUUGUGAUGCAUGUGAAGCCACACUGUUCAACAUCCACUGGGUCUGCCAGAAAUGCGGAUUUGUGGUGUGCUUGGACUGCUACAAGGCGAAGGAGAGGAAGAGUUCCAAAGACAAAGAGCUGUAUGCCUGGCUGAAAUGCGUCAAGGGACAGCCACACGAUCACAAGCACUUGAUGCCAACGCAGAUUAUUCCGGGAACGGUAUUGACCGACCUGGUCAGCACCAUGCACACGCUCAGGGAGAAGUAUGGCAUCAAAGCACACUGCACAUGUGUCAGUAACAAGAACGUCCUCCACAACAAGCUCCCAUCCACCAACGGUGUCUCACAGGUGCUACAAAACGUGUUGAACCACAGCAACAAGCUGUCCCUGUGCAAGCCUGAGGGGGGCCAGAACAACCUGACUCAGAAGGUGGAGGCUAACGGAGGCAGCAGCCCCGCCAGCGACACGAGCACGGACAGCAAACUUACGCCGCCCGAGUCUCAGUCUCCACUGCACUUCCUGGCUGACCUGGCCGAGCAGAAAUCCCGUGAGGAGAAGAAAGAGAAUAAGGAAUCCUGUGUAGGUAAAGUGAAGGAGGAGAAGGAUGCAGAAGCUCUGGAGGCACUGCACUGUAAAGCCUCCACUCUAGUGGCCAACAGCACCGAGCAGGGCUCCACACUACGGGAUCUGCUCACCACCACGGCUGGAAAGCUGCGCCUGGGCUCCACCGAUGCCGGCAUCGCCUUUGCUCCAGUUUACUCAACCGCCUCACAGACGGGGAAGACUGGCCGCACCAUGCCCAACAUCCUGGAUGACAUCAUCGCUUCAGUGGUGGAGAACAAGAUCCCGGCAAGCCGUGGUUCCAAGCUGAGCCUGAAGUCGGAGCCGGUGGAGGAGGCCAGGGCAGAGCGGAGGAAGCCGGCCGAGGAAACGCCCAAACACCCCGACAUCCCCCACUGCUGGCUCUACGACCGCAGGUUACUCUGGCUGAAAGACCACCGCAACAGCAACAACUGGAAGCUCUUCCGAGAGUGCUGGAGCAAGGGCCAGCCUGUGCUCGUCUCAGGGGUGCACAAGAAGCUCAACGCCAGCCUGUGGAAGUCUGAGUCUUUUAACCAGGAGUUUGCUGACCACCAGGGGGACCUAGUGAACUGCAAAGACAGUGUGGUGUCCAACUCAGGCAUCAAAGAAUUCUGGGACGGCUUUGAGGACCUGACAAAACGACCGAAAUCUAAAGAUGGAGAGGCCAUUGUGUACAGGCUAAAAGACUGGCCCUCGGGAGAGGAGUUUAUGGCCCUAAUGCCCUCUAGGUACGAUGAUCUGAUGAAGAAUCUUCCUCUGCCUGAGUAUUCAGACCCAGAGGGCAAUCUGAACCUGGCUUCCCAUCUCCCCCCCUUCUUUGUUCGGCCGGAUUUAGGCCCUCGCCUCUGCUGCGCUUAUGGUGUGGCAGCGUCUCAGGAGCAGGACUUUGGCACUGCUAACCUGCACAUGGAGGUGUCCGACAUCGUCAGCGUUCUGGUUUACGUCGGAGUGGCCAAAGGAAAUGGCGUCCUCUCUAAAACAGGAGUGCUGAAGAGGCUGGAGGAGGAAGACCUGGAUGACAACAUGAAGAAAAGAUUAAAGGACUCGAGUGAAACUCCUGGAGCUUUAUGGCACGUCUACGUGAGCAAAGACGUGGAGAAAGUUAAAGAGUUUCUGCACAAGAUUGCUAAGGAGCAAGGUGUGGACAUCCCACCAGAACAUGAUCCAAUCAGGGAGUCGGGCUGGUACCUGAGCCGGAAGCUGCGUCAGCGACUGCUGGAGGAGCACGGUGUUCAGGGCUGGACCAUUGUUCAGUUUCUGGGAGACUCUGUCCUCAUCCCCGCUGGAGCACUGCACCAGGUCCAAAAUCUGCACAGCUGUGUGCAGGUCAUCAAUGACUUCGUCUCUCCGGAGCAUGUGGUGCACUCCUUCCACCUCACCCAGGAGCUCCGCUCCUCCAAAGAAGAAAUUAACUAUGAAGAUAAGCUACAGGUCAAGAACAUCUUUUACCACUGUGUAAAGGAUGCUGUGGGAACAUUGAAGCAGUGCAGUGCCGAGGGUCCAAGGGAUGAUGGCUCAAACUCAUGACCUCUGACCCCUCGCUGCCGUCAGCACGCCUCCAUCACUUAACCCCAAAUAUGCACACUAAUCUCCACAUCAUGAACCUCCAGUGCCAAGCAGACUUUAAGAGAUGACAGAUUAAAGAAAGACAAGAAAAAAUGCUAUUUAUUUGUUACUGACACCAUAGCAGUAUAGCCCAAACGCAUCAGGAUGACUGUGAUUUACAGAGAAAUAAAAAACAUACAGAUAAUCUGCAAGCAACAGCACUGCUGUUCCAACUUUUAGUAUUUGUUUGUCUUUUUCUCGUUUUUGUUGUUCGUUUUGUUUUCCUCUUUUCUUUCAUACUGUAUAUUGUUUCAGUGAAAAUGAUGUAUUUAUUUUUAGGAGUUCUUGGCUAUGUUCCAGAUCAAAUUGUAAAUGUGACUUGUACAGUUUGCUAAUCGGGAUCCUAAUGCAGCUCACUACAUUUGAGACGGUUACUGUGAGAGAGGAUCCUAACACCAGCUAUU